AUGUCGAGCUUGAGACCGCCAUGCCAUGCGCAACGGUUUAGCAUCAAGGCUGAGGCUGCCUCUACCAUCAAGCCCCUAGGCUUGGAUGCUUCAAAACUCAGCAUUGAGAAGACGGGGAAGCCAAAGGGUCUCAGCAAGCCCGAGGACCUCGUCUUUGGAAGGGAAUUCACAGACCACAUGCUUGCGAUCGAAUGGAAUCAAGACGAAGGAUGGUUGGAGCCCAAGAUCACACCCUACCAGAACCUCUCACUCGACCCUGCGACAUGUGUCUUCCACUAUGCCUUUGAGUGUUUCGAGGGUAUGAAGGCGUACAAGGACAAGGACGGCAAAGUGCGACUCUUCCGACCUGAUAAGAACAUGGCGCGACUCAACAAGUCUGCCGCCCGUAUUGCGCUCCCUACCUUUGAGCCCCAGGCCCUCACCGAGCUCAUCUCCAAGCUCGCUCAGCUCGACUCCCGCUUCAUCCCUGAUAAGCGGGGAUACUCCCUCUACCUCCGUCCCACCAUGAUCGGAACCCAGAAAACACUCGGUGUCGGACCUCCCGGAUCUGCUCUUCUCUACGUCAUUGCCUCACCCGUUGGUCCUUACUAUCCUACCGGUUUCAAGGCCGUCUCGCUCGAGGCCACUGACUACGCUGUUCGUGCCUGGCCCGGUGGUGUUGGUGACAAGAAGCUAGGCGCCAAUUAUGCGCCCUGCAUCGUUCCCCAGCUCCAGGCCGCCAGCCGUGGCUUCCAGCAGAACCUCUGGCUGUUUGGCGAGGAGGAGUACGUUACUGAGGUCGGCACUAUGAACAUGUUUGUUGCUCUCAAGAACAAAGAGACUGGCCAGAAGGAGCUUGUGACAGCCCCCCUUGACGGAACUAUCCUUGAGGGUGUUACUCGUGACUCUGUUCUCGCUCUCGCUCGGGAGCGUCUUGAGCCUGAGGGCUGGAAGAUCAGCGAGCGCAAGUACACAAUGAAGGAGCUUGCUGAGGCCGCUGAAGAGGGUCGUCUUCUCGAGGCCUUUGGUGCUGGAACUGCAGCUAUUGUCAGCCCUGUCCGAUCCAUCUCAUGGAAGGGCAAGCUCGUUGACUGCGGUCUUUCUGAGCUCGAAGAGUCUGGCGAGAUCGCCCUCAAGAUGAAGGAAUGGAUCGAGGCCAUUCAGUAUGGUGAUGAGGAGCAUGAGUGGAGCUACACUAUUUAG